UAUCGUCUAUAAGGCUAACAUAGUAAUGCAACAAAGGACUUGUGAAUGUGGAUCAUAUAAAUCUAACGUUCUGUGGUAUUCAUAGUUCAUUCAUCGUUGAAAUUAUAGUGAUCUUGACUAAAUUUUUAACCGACCGCAAAUAGCUGUUUAGUCACUUCCAAUUUUAUUUUUAUAAUCUCCUUAUUCAGUUCAAUGAAAUGUCACUACGACGUAUGAGGCGAAACGUAACAGAUUCGUGACUCUUAUUGACUCUGUACGGGACGUCGACCAAACAGCUGAGUUGCUGAUAACGCACGUGACCUCUGCCCCGGAAGUUGUUGAACCAAACAGUUCGUGAUGGAAAACAAAGAAGUUAGGAUGUUGUGAGAGCCGAUAAGAAAGUGAAUCGUGGGUCAUUACGGCAUCAAAAUGUAUUUGAUGCGUACAAAGAAGCAAUUGGAACAGGAGGAAAAUAAGGAAUUACAAGAGAAAAGAGAACGACUUUUGGAGAAACAGUUUGCAGAAGUUGGUAGGGCCCCAGAUACGGCUGCUGCAGCUAAUGCAGGAAAAAGUCCCACGAAAAAGAAUGUACAAAGUAAUCAAAAGGAAUUUAAAAUAGAUGAUCUACCCGAUGGAGCCUGUUUUCGACCAAAAAGUGUGUUACAAUCAGAAGGGAAAGGCGAGACCGCUAUAAAACCAGUGGAGUACAUCGGGUCCUUCUCUGUUACUGGAGCAGACCCUAACGAGAGGGCAGAAAAUGUCCAAAAACAGCUGGAACAGAUGAGGAACUCGGUGAAGAGCAAAAAGGUGUUACUAGUCAUCUCUUUGUCAGGAAUCAAAGUCUGUAGCAGUGAUGGCGAGAGUGUGUACAUGGCCCACGCUCUCAAGAGGAUAUCCUACGCUACCUGUGACCCAGACUUCUGCCAGUUUUCCUUCCUGGCCCGAGAACCCAAAGCCAACCUCAGCAUGCAGUUCUGUCAUGCCUUCAUGACCAGCAGCAAAGAAGAGGCUGAGGAGCUGAAUGCUAUAGUAGGGAAUGCCUUUAAGAUGGCUUACGCCCAAGAGAGGGAAAAACAACCCACGUUUAAUGAGUUAAUUGAACAGCAGCUUAUUCAGCAAAAGGCACAGUUCCAGGAAUAUCAGGAACAAGCCCAGAAGGUGUUCCAGCAGAAGCUGAAUGAGAUAGCCACGCCCACCCCCUACUCCGAGAAGGCCAUGCAGCACAUGGAGAUGCGGAGACAGUCCAGUAGUGACGAUUCUCAGCCACCGGACAAAGACCCCGGCGGCACUAAAAACAAGAUCUGGUUUUCAUUGCAACGCAGCCCAGCAAAGGCCAAACACGCUGUGGAUAAAGUCAAACACCGAUCCCCAGUGAUUGAAAUCUCAGGCCUGACCCCCAUUAGAAGUGAAUCUCCCUCCCGCUCAAACAGUCGCCCAAAUUCCGAGGCGGUCAACAACAAUGCCCGGCUGUCUGAUCCCACAGGUGCAGCCCUCAAACGGAACUCCACCCCCAUCACAUCUAACUCCCCCCUCUCCAUACUGAGGGGGUCCAUUGACACAUCAGGGACCCCGGGGAGGAGUAAAGGAUCACCGGUCACUGCCCUCAAAGACGCCAUUGAUAGAGGGUACCUGACCAAUGGAAAUGCCAGCCCUGUAGAGACCACUGGCGGCCAGGGUCAAGACCCUGAGGGAUACCUCCGACCUCAGAACAACAACAUUGGGGAAGAAAAGAGGAAGAUUUCAACCAAUAUGGUGAAUCGGCCCUUGCCGGCCAUACCAGCUCAAAUUAAUGGACACAGCCCAGCACAAAACGGACACAAAGACUACAGCCCCAGACACAACAUGAACCGAAAUUCAAAGUGCUUAGGCGAGUUGGACACUAGUCCCAAACACGAGCGAGUGCAUAGUCCUCGGCACAAUGGCAGUCCCCAGCAUAAUGGACUGACCAACAGCCCACAUAAACACAAGAACUGGUCCAGUGUGGACGAUAAUGUGUUGAUCCCAGAGGUAAAGAAACGAGACCGGUUAAAUGACUCCCCCAGGAGAAAACCAGUGAGACCAAUGAGUGAAGUGUUCACAGACAGCAGAUCUGCAGCGUCCAACUUCUAUGGUGCUCGAGAGAGCCAAUUUGAUGUGCCCAAUUACAUGUAUUCAAGGGGACAGAUGCAAUUUCACAUUCAUGAUUCUCAUAUUCAUACUAGUCACAGUCAAGGUCAAAUAUCUGGUCAGCAGUUCAGAGGUCAUGGUCAGGUUAACCGUCGCCGUGGCGAGGAGACCCGGAGUAAUCAGAAGGUCAUCUUGAGGUACCAGAAUGACAGCCCUUUCCAAGAUUCAGGGUCCUAUGAAAACCCUCUAGACGAUGGAGCCCCAGGGUCACAGCCUAAACCCCCAGGUUUGGAGUCCUUGAUGGGUUUGGACAGAAGCCAUAUUGAGGAUGAAACCUUGCGACAUUCCUCUUGGUAUCAGGCCGGAAUCCCAAGAGAGAUUGCAUUAGAAAUUCUACAGCAGGAGGAGAUAGGGUCAUUUAUAGUCAGAGAUAGCUCCACCCAUCCAGGUUGUUAUGCCUUGUCCGUCCGAGUGCCAAAGUUUGAAAAUCCGACAGGAAUUUCCCAUUAUCUCAUAUUGAAAACACAGAGGGGCGUGAAGUUAAAGGGCUUGGAGAAAGAGUGGCCUGACCUAUUAGCACUAGUCACCCAUCAUACAGUGAUGUCGGAAAUGUUGCCGUGUACACUAAGACUUCCUCACAAAUCUAAGAAUCCGGCCUACAAAGAUUCAGAGGACGGCAAGAAAGAGGACGACCCAGAUUAUCAGAGACUGUCGGACUUCACGUCCAUGAUGGCCGCCCUCAAAAACUGACCACCGUGAUUCAUAUUCAUCCACUGGGCUGUGUGUAAUCAGAACACCACGUUGUUGUUUAUUUAUUUGUUUUGUUUUUUUAAAUGUCUGUUUUUUGUAGCCUUGAAUGUUACCAUGUUUUUUUGGCAUUUUUAUUCUUGGAUUACAAUGUACUUCAUUCUGUGCCCUCCCCAAAACCCCCAUUUUCUCCUUCUAUUGUAACCUGAUGCUGCAGAUUUGAGUCCAUUUAUCAACACUUAGACAUAUGUGAUCAGGUUGAUGUUGAAGUUUUUAUGUUGACAUACACUGCUGAUUUUUUUGAUUUUUUUUUGUUGAGGGACAAGUUUUCUUUGUGCCACAUUUACCAAUAUAAUGACCAUGAUGGAUAGAAGUUUGACAUGCAUGAUGUUGUAUACAACACUGGUUAACAGCAAACUGUGUACAUAAGAAUUCCAUUAAUGUCUACAUAACUUUAGUGCUAAAACUUAACAGGGAUUUUUUUGUGAUCAAUUGUAAGGCAAGAUUUAGUCAAAAUUUCCCUCUCAAUCUAAAUCCUUGUUUUGUCACCUUCCAGAUAUAAUUCUAUGAAACCCUUUAUUGAUCAUCAAAAAUUUAUGGAAAAGCUUCUUUUAAAAAAAAAAAAACAUUUAUAUUGUAACUUGCCUUGCACAAUAGCUCUGUAUAAUUGGCAGAUUAUUUUCAAUUGUAUGGUCAUGGGCAUUGAUUUUCAAAAAAUCAACACUGGCAUUAAAUGUGACAUGUAUCACGUUCAAUGAGGUCCAUCUCCUUUUUUUUUAAACAUACAGUGGGUAAUUACACUUGUGUACAUGUAUUUGUAUAAAUAAUUGAUGUUUUUGCCAAUGUUAAUGGAUGCUGACUAUGUUUGUUUGUUUGUUUGUUUGGUGCUUCAUCAGUAUGGAUUUGUGUGUUAUAUAUAAACCUUUUUCGGUGUGACAACCGUUACAUACAUGUACACACACUGUACCCAUCUUCAUUCAACAUAUGUACUCCCAUUUUCCCCAUCAAUCACUAGGUCCAACUAUGUAUGUUUACUAGAAAUGGUUGUCACUUCUCAAAAUUCGUCAUUCCAUGUCAAGAGUCCAUAUAUGUGCUUUGUCUUCCAUGGAAUUAUUUGCAAUAGAAGGAGUUGCUUUUAACCAAAGCUUUAGAUUAUUGACAUUUGAUGCUGUAGUUUUAACUUGUGUAUAGGUUUAUAUAUAUGAGUUGUACAAGGCAAUAAUUUUGUGUGGUUGAUAGAACCAUCCAACCCCCAGCUUCUGCCUUAGCAAACUGUGAUGCAGGAUUUAUGUACAUGUUAUUUGUGAUUCAGAUUUGUUACAAAGUAUUAUGGCAUCUUGCCUUCAAAUAAAUAUUUAUCAGAAACA